GCGGGGAGUAAGCGACGCAAACACGGCGCCGCUCAGGCUGUCACUCACUCACGUUUUCGGCAGGUAAAGGUCGAGAUAGCUUCUCCAGAUUUCUCAUUAUUUUUUUUUAUAAAAGCAAAGGGAUCAGAAAAGGUGCCACCAAUCUUUCAUGCGUGUGCCGUCCAGCAGGAAUUAUACAGAGCCAUAUAAACAGUCAUCAUGAAUGUGAAUUUGUUUUGGGAACAUAAUGUGAAGUGUGAGUUCUGUGAUACAUCUUUUGAUAAUCAAGACACACUGAAACAGCAUUUAAGACUUCAUUCCCGAAGAAAGCCUUACAAGUGUGAUGACUGUGGUGCAAAGUUUUCCUACAACAGUACCCUUGAGUGGCACAAAAAAAGUCAUAGUGGGGAAAUGCCAUUUAAGUGUGAUGAGUGUGGUGCACAAUUUAUCCAGGAUAGCAUGCUAGUGUGGCACAAAAGGAAACACAAAGUUGGAGAAACUUCCCAGAAUUCUUCAUUAGUUGUGAAUGUGACAAAUCUCCACCCACAGCAGGGGAUACACAGUCUUCCAACUAUAUUCAGUUUGCCAAACUUAGUAAACACUGUUAACUCUACUCCUGCAAGUGUAAUGACGACAUGUUCAGGAGGAGUGGCAACAACAAUAGAAGCACCAACUCCUUUCCAAAUGGAUAGCAUAAAUAAUCCAAUAUCAGUGGGGUCAAUCAUUCAGCCAGUGACCACACAGCCUGAAGCACUACCUAACUUGAUAACUGGUAAAAGAAAACCAGAGAUGGAAGAAGGGACAUUCCGAUGUGACAUUUGUGGUACUGUGUUAUAUCAUUGCUCUGAUCUAAAAGCCCACAUGCAUAAUAAGCACAAUAUGGGUGAAAACAACCCUUUUCAUAUACUCGCCAAGCAGCAACAAGCUAAUGGGCAGUUUAUGCCUCGAAAGAAAAUCAUAAUGGAAAAACUUUACAAGUGUGACCUUUGUGGUGCUGGCUUUAACACAGAGGGCCAUCUGAAAACUCACCGACUGAAGCACAUCGUGGAAAGGCCGUAUAAGUGCGAAAAAUGUGGCCUAACUUAUUCAGAUCAAUCAAUGUUGGAGUCCCAUGAGCGCAGACAUCAGGCUGAAAGGCCAUACAAGUGUGAUAGGUGUGGUGCAGCAUUUUUCAGGGAAAGUCACCUUCAAAGACAUAUCAAAAGACACACAGGAGAGUUUAUUUGAUGAACCUGUAAUUUCUAUGACUGCAGUCUUUAUACUGUAGGCAUUCCAUGCUGUUUUUUUUUUUUUUUUUUUUUUUUAUAAUGAGGAAUGCCAUUGAUAGUGGUAAGAUGUAUGACUGACAUCAGUAUUUUCUUGUUAUCUGGGAGGCUUUUCACUGAAUGAGUUUCCAAGGGAACAGCUGAGGAAAGUAAAUAUUGUGACUUGAAUGUUGUAGUAUGAUUAUUGGCUGAAAAGUUGUGAAAAAUGGAGACUUGUUUCAUUACCAUAAGCCAUACUUAUUAUUGUAUAUUUUUAUAUAUGAAUGAUAGAAACCUACAAUGAAAAUUAUGCUAAAUUUGAAAUGCUAUACUAUUUAUAUUGAGAGUGUGUGUUUGUGUGUGUGUGUGUGUGUUUAUUUAAUUGUCAUCUACAGGGCCUUAGCUGUGCUUCAGUGACUUGUGUGUGUGUGUGUGUGUAUUUACCUAUUUGUAGUCUACCGGGCCCAAGCUAAGCUCUAAAAGUCCCGUCUCCAUAUCUACAUUCAUCCAGCCUUUCCUUCAUUUGUUGGACACUGUUCGCUUCCACCACCUCUUCCCGCAACUUGUUCCAUGUGUGUGUGUGUGUGUGUGUGUGUGUGUGUGUGUGUGUGUGUGUGUUGACCUAGUUGUAUAUAGUAAUAUAGUACCUACUUGUGAUAUACAGGAAAUGGUACCAUAAUUCAGGAAAGGACUUUGCCUCAAAGCUACAAUUUGUGAAUAAGACGAAAUGUCAUACUUAUAACAAACUUGUAUUGUUUAGUGGCCAGCGAAGAUGUUCUUAAUUACUUAAAAUAUAUGAUUAUUGUAUA